UUUGCCUGUAAUUUCAGAAUCUCCUGGUCCACCCGACUCCCAGAUCUUGAGGAUUUUCGGAUGAGCAAUUCAAGUGAGAGGGGAACAGAGAGCAACACUCUUAGAACCUGAUUCCGUUCCUCAGCUCGCAUUCCUCCGCCCGUCCCGCUCCCGCCGCCAGCGGAGGCCCUAGUCUCCCGCUCCAACUAUUCCAACCAUCCCGGGAAGGGUGGGGCGCUCGGCUCUUGGGUCCCCCUCCGCCGCCCCGCCUCGUCGAUCUCCCCUUCUGCCCCGGUCCCUCCCUUUCUGGUGUGGGGCCAGCCAACCAGCGAUCAGACUCCGGAGUUUGGCCCGGGAGCUGGGGAGCUCACCGAUCCCCCGCCCAGCAGUUCUGGCCGCUGUCCCGGUGCGCACGGACGUGGCUCGAGUUUCCUCUGCUCUCCGCUCUCGCCCGCUAGCUCUCCCCCCUUCCGCUCCUGCUUCUCUCCGGGUCUCCCGCUCCAGCUCCAGCUCCAGCUCCACCCGGCCGGUCCCGCACGGCUCCGGGUAGCCAUGGAGGACCCCACGCUCUAUAUUGUCGAGCGGCCGCUUCCCGGGUACCCCGACGCCGAGGCCCCGGAGCCUUCCUCCGCUGGGGCUCAGGCAGCGGAGGAGCCGUCGGGGGCCGGCUCAGAAGAGCUGAUCAAGUCGGACCAGGUGAACGGCGUGCUGGUGCUGAGCCUCCUGGACAAAAUCAUCGGGGCCGUAGACCAGAUCCAGCUGACCCAAGCACAGCUGGAGGAGCGGCAGGCGGAGAUGGAGGGCGCAGUGCAGAGCAUCCAGGGCGAGCUGAGCAAGCUGGGCAAGGCGCACGCCACCACGAGCAAUACGGUGAGCAAGCUGCUGGAGAAGGUGCGCAAGGUCAGCGUCAACGUGAAGACCGUGCGCGGCAGCCUGGAGCGCCAGGCGGGGCAGAUCAAGAAGCUGGAGGUCAACGAGGCCGAGCUGCUGCGGCGCCGCAACUUUAAAGUCAUGAUCUACCAGGAUGAAGUGAAGCUGCCGGCCAAACUGAGCAUCAGCAAAUCGCUGAAAGAGUCGGAGGCGCUGCCAGAGAAGGAGGGCGAGGAGCUGGGCGAGGGCGAGCGGCCCGAGGAGGACGCAGCGGCGCUGGAGCUGUCGUCGGACGAGGCGGUGGAGGUUGAGGAGGUUAUUGAGGAGUCCCGCGCAGAGCGUAUCAAGCGCAGCGGCCUGCGGCGCGUGGACGACUUCAAGAAGGCCUUCUCCAAGGAGAAGAUGGAGAAGACCAAGGUGCGUACCCGCGAGAACCUGGAGAAGACGCGCCUCAAGACCAAGGAAAACCUGGAGAAGACGCGGCACACCCUGGAGAAGCGCAUGAACAAGCUGGGCACGCGCCUGGUGCCCGCCGAGCGGCGCGAGAAGCUGAAGACGUCGCGGGACAAGUUGCGCAAAUCCUUCACGCCCGACCACGUGGUGUACGCGCGCUCCAAGACCGCGGUCUACAAGGUGCCGCCCUUCACCUUCCACGUCAAGAAGAUCCGCGAGGGCCAGGUGGAAGUGCUCAAGGCCACCGAGAUGGUGGAGGUGGGCGCCGACGACGACGAGGGCGGCGCGGAGCGCGGGGAGGCCGGCGACCUGCGGCGCGGGAGCAGCCCCGACGUGCACGCGCUGCUGGAGAUCACCGAGGAGUCGGACGCCGUGCUGGUGGACAAGAGCGACAGCGACUGAGCCGCCCCCGCCGCCACCCACCCCAUUCCUCGCUCCUUCCGAACUUCCUCUUUCGCAUUCUCUCUCGGCCCGAGCUGGCUGAGAUUUUUCUAAAUUGAAAACACGCCCCCCUCCCCACACCUCCAGGAACUCCCCUCCCAGUCUUAGAGCUGUUAGGACCCGAUGGGGAGGCAGCCCCCGCAGUGGACAGCCCCCGCUUGGACACAGUCCGAGUGGAAUGGGAAGGGAAUGGUCAAUCCCUGUCCUGGUUGUCCAAGUCGGGAUCUCAGAGGAAAUUGCAGUGAUUCCACGGUUAGGCCCCCCUGGGGAGGCUGCCUUCCCCUCAGCCUCUCCCCACACCACCCACCCAGCUGCUGUCAUUCCGCUCACUGAGCUCUUCUUCAUUCUCACCCCGACCCCUGGGGGACUCAAAGCCAAAACUGCCCAAAGAGGAAAGAUUGAAUCCUAAAGGGGAUCCUUGCCCCCAUGGGAGGCCCCCUACUAGAAGGACGUGAAAGCAGCUUUUGGGGGAAACUGAGGCAGUGGGGAAGACAGAGCAGAAUGAGCCCUCACCCUGGCUGGGGGUCCAGCACAGGCUGUAUCUGCAGAGGGUCCCAGAGGAACGCUGGAGUCAAGAGAAGCCCUGGGAAGGAGGGAUGGGGAACGACAUGCAUGUGAGGGAUGGCACACUGAUGUGUUUAUGCACCUGUACACAGGAGGCCAUGGCUUUGGAAAGGAGAAUGGAAAAAUAGAAGAAGGUCGGCCGGGCUUGGUGGCUUGUGCCUGUAACCCCAGCACUUUGGGAGGCCGAGGUGGGUGGAUCACCUGAGGUCAGGAGUUCGAGACCAGCCUGGCCAACACCCCAUCUCUACUAAGCGAAAACCCAUCUCUACUAAAAUUACAAAAAUUAGCUGGGCAUAGUUGCGCAUGCCUGUAAUCCCAGCUACUUUGGAGGCUGAGGUGGGGAGAAUUGCUUGAACCUGGGAGGUGGAGGUUGCAGUGAGCCAAGAUCGCGACACUGCACUCCAGCCUGGGUGACAGAGUGAGACUCCAUCUCAACAGAAGGAAAAAAAAGGAAAAUAGGAGAAGGUGGAAAUGGGUGAAGAGAGAAGUCCCCUCACUAGCUGCAUGAGAAAUCUAUCUUACUGUGGUUCUCCAUGGGCAGCAGGACCAUUUUUCAGAAUCAAGAGGGAGGACAGUGUGAGAAGGUGAUGAUCCAAAGAAGACAGAGAGGUCAGCCCCACCCGAUCCCUCAAAUGGGCUCUCGGAGGCACCCCCAGGGGCAGCCCAUAUCUCAAAGUCCAGAAAAUUAGGGUCCCAGAAGGGGGCAGCAGCAGGCUGGGAGUUAGGAGGGAGAGCAGGGUGCUGGCCCUGCCACCAAGUUGAGAGCUGGAGGGGAGGUGGGGAGAGAACAUCACAGAGCAGUCAGCCCUGGUUCACUCCUGGCAGUUUCUUCUCAAGCUCCUUCCCUAGCGGGGCAUGGUGGCACAUGCCUGUGGUCUCAGCUACUUGGGAGGCUGAGGCGGGAGGAUCACCAGAGCCCAGGAGUUUGAGGCUGCAGUGAGCUAUGAGGGUGCCUCUGUGCUCCAUCCUAGGCAACAGAGUGAGACGCUGUUUAAAAAGGAAAAAAUCCUUCCCUAGAGCUAGUAUCCUAAAGCUGCAAAGCUAGCCCAGACCUCAUUGGUUUCCUUGUCCUUGGGGUGCUUUUCCUGAAUCUUUGGGGGUGAAGGGAGUGUUGCUCCCAGUCCAGAGGCCUGAUUCUGUUUGGACCGGGUUCUCAAGACACGACCAGGUUCUCAAGACACGAGUCCCCUUGUUCCUCCCCAUUAAAGGGGGUUUGUCAGAAGCAAGAACAGCCCCUCUCCCCAGUCACAGCCUGAAGGGAGGCCCCGAGAGCUUCCUCCUUCCCCCCACCUGCUCCUUACCUUCUCUGCCCUGCUUUUUAGAACUGCAGCUCAUUGUUUUAAGGGAUUGGGGGAGGGAGCCUGGGGACACAAACCUUUUAUACAAUACAAAGCUUUGCUUUUUUUUUUUUUUCUUCCUUUUCCCUUUCUCGGUUCUCUUCUCUCCUCUGAAUGGCUGAAGACCCCUCUGCCGAGGGAGGUUGGGGAUUGUGGGACAAGGUCCCUUGGUGCUGAUGGCCUGAAGGGGCCUGAGCUGUGGGCAGAUGCAGUUUUCUGUGGGCUUGGGGAACCUCUCACGUUGCUGUGUCCUGGUGAGCAGCCCGACCAAUAAACCUGCUUUUCUAAAAGGA